ACUCUUUGGCUAGACUAAGAAAAUUGAUAUUUCUCAAUCUAAACAUAGUACACAGUUGCCUGCCAAUAAUAAAUUUAAUUAUUAUUUGAUACGUAGUAGGUACGUACCUACUUUGAAAUUGUCAUGCAUUAUAAUUGACAAUGGGUUCAUGUUUACCUCUAAAUUGAAGGAAACAAUAUUUAUGAUAUACAGGAGACACAUAACCUUAUAAAUUGGCUUGAACACUAGAUAUUUCAAUUUUGUGAUUAAAUAAAUAUCGCAAUGAGUUAUCCGGGCGGUGGUGGUAGAGGAAUGGGGUUUGCCGGCUUCUCGAUGCCGAAGCGAAACCCUUCGAAUGUGUCUCUCCAUGCUGUGCCGCCUCCAACGACGUCUAUGCAUGCUGUCCCACCGCCUUCCAGUGGUCUUUCAAAACAAGGAUAUUCUACAAUGAGUGCUAUUACACAAAAUGCAGUUACCGGCACUUGGGGUACUCUUGGGAAGAAACGCGCCAAAACCGAGGAUGAGUAUUUUGAUGAUGAUGAUGAGCCUCCAACACCAGCGUUGGCUUAUAUACCUGCACCAGGAAGCCCUACUAAUGCAGCAAGUAGUUCUAGGGCUGAUGACGACGAUGAAGAUCCUCUAGAUGCCUACAUGGCUGGGUUGGAACAACAAGCAGCUCGGGAUUUGGUCACCAGUAAGGAGAAUGCAGCCAGCGGAAAAGACAGUGUGAGAGGAACUAGGGGUGAUAUUGAUGAUAUGGACGAUGAAGAGAGUUAUUAUAAGUAUAUGGAAGAAAAUCCUCUGAAUAAUGCAGAUGACACGUCUGAUGUAGAAAUAGAAUAUGAUGAAGAUGGCAAUCCUUUAGCUCCAGCGAAGAAAAAAUUCAUCGAUCCCUUACCUCCUAUAGACCACUCUGAGAUAGACUAUGAACCAUUUGAAAAGAACUUCUACACUCCUCAUGAAGAUAUUGAAAAGCUCACACAUCAACAAGUUGAGGAGUUAAAAAAGAAUUUAGGUGUGAAGAUAACGGGUCCGGACCCCCCUCGGCCCGUGAGCAGCUUCGCUCACCUCGGGUUCGACGAGCAGCUGAUGCGCGCCAUCCGCCGCUCGGAGUACACGCAGCCCACGCCCGUGCAGGCCGCCGGCGUGCCCGCCGCCUUGUCCGGACGAGACAUUAUUGGUAUUGCCAGAACCGGCUCAGGCAAGACGUGCGCGUUUCUGUGGCCGCUACUGGUUCACAUCAUGGAUCAGAAGGAAUUGGCGCCCGGCGAUGGACCAAUAGGACUCAUCCUUGCUCCCACCAGAGAAUUAGCUCAACAGAUUUACAUGGAAGCGAAGAAAUUCGGCAAAGUGUACAACAUAAGGUGUGUGUGCUGUUACGGUGGUGGAUCGAAAUGGGAACAAGUUAAAGCGUUGGAAGGUGGUGGUGCAGAAAUAAUAGUAGGCACUCCGGGUCGUGUCAUAGAUUUGGUCAAGUGUAAAGCUACAAAUCUACAAAGGGUGACCUAUCUAGUGCUCGACGAGGCUGACAGAAUGUUUGAUAUGGGAUUUGAGCCACAAGUCCGUUCGAUCUGCAACCACGUGCGGCCGGAGCGACAGGCGCUGCUGUUCUCCGCGACCUUCCCGCGCCGCGUGGAGCGACUGGCACGCGACGCGCUGCACGACCCCGUCCGCGUGCAGCACGGCGCCGCGGGGGAGCCGGCGCACCUCGUCACGCAGCACGUCCGAAUAUUCAACAAACCAGAAGAGAAGUGGUCAUGGCUGCUCAGUAACUUAGUUGAGUUCCUGUCGGCGGGAAGCGUGCUCAUAUUCGUUACGAAAAAGCUGGAGGCGGAGCAGACGGCCGCCAACCUCGGCGUGCAGCAGUACGACGCGCUGCUACUGCACGGGGACAUGGAGCAGGCGGACAGGAACAGAGUCAUCACGGCCUUCAAGAGGCAGGAGACUAACAUACUAGUAGCCACCGACGUUGCCGCCCGCGGCCUGGACAUCCCGCACGUGCGCACGGUGGUGAACUACACGGUGGCGCGCGACAUCGACACGCACACGCACCGCGUGGGCCGCACGGGCCGCGCCGGCGUGCCGGGCGACGCGCACUCGCUGCUGCUGCGCCAGCACGACCGGGACUUCGCGGGGCACCUGCUGAGGAACCUGGAGGCCGCGCAACAGGUGGUGCCCGACGAGCUUCUGCAGUUGGCGAUGCAGUCGGCCUGGUUUAGGAAGUCGCGCUUCAAGAAAGGAAAAGGAAAGAAUCUUAACAUCGGCGGCUGCGGCUUGGGGUACAAGGAGCGUCCGGGGCUGCCCCCCGCGCCCCCCGCGCCCUGCGAGCCGCACGGGCCCGCCACCGACCGCCUCGCCUCCCUCAAGCAGGCCUUCCGCUCACAGUACAACCAGUUCACAGCGUCGUCAGAUCACUCGUGGGAGCAGACGCGGGUCCAGCCUGGGGUCAACGAGCCCGCGCCGCCGCCUGACGACAAGCCCGAGAGGGUCCGGAAGAGCGGCAAGAAGAGCCGCUGGGAGUAGCCACCCCCAACUCAAUGCGAGGGUAGUCUGAACACGGGGGUCGGUGCGGUCUGGGAGCUUACGUCGCACGUGGCCAGCUGAGCCGAUGCGGUCCAGAGACCGACAGCCGCGCGCGAGCCCACGAACUCUCACGGAACUAAAGAAAUAUCUCUUAAAACUGGUCACAGAGACAACUUUUUUUGUUAUUGCAUAUAUGAGUGAUAUGAGUUCUAAGGUCUCAGUAUAGUUACAAUGGCUGCCCCGCCCUUCAAACCGCAACGCAUUACUGCUUCACGACAGAAGUAGGAAGUGUGGUGGUACCUACCCGUGCGGACUCGCAAGAGGUCCUACCACCAGUAAAGCCGAGAACAUUAGUAUUUAAACUAGCGUAGCCGGUCUCAAUGAAGUGUCUAAGAUUACGUAGUUUUUCAGACGCAAGUUUUGUGUCGACUCUCGGAGACUUAUCUGUCUCUGCCGUAAAGCAGAUAAUCGGGUUCGAAGGUCGAGAUAGCCUUUAUACAAGUGGAACUUGAACCUCAUGUCUUGAGACGAGGGGCAGUAGCGUGGCUAGUGACGCCAACUCCUCUCCUGUCCUGUGUGCUUAGUGCGAGUUUCUUAACGUUCUAGAUAGUGUAAGAGUUAAGCCAUUUUUGUAUGCAGUUGGAACAGCGCUCCUAGCAGUAAACGUACGCAAACGAUCCCAUUCCAUACAAAUAUGAGUUAACGUUUACGCUAUCGAGAACGUAAAAAAUCUGACACUAAGCACACUGGAGUAUUCAAAGAAAACUUACCAUACAUUGAUGGUAUUAUAAAGCUUUUCCAAUGUUAACCUGCCAAAAUAGUAGUUUCGUAGGCAGCGGCUUGGCUCUGCCCCUGGCAUUGCUGAAGUCCAUGGGUGACGGUAACCACUCACCAUCAGCUGGGCCGUAUGUUCGUCUGACUACAAGGGCAAUAAAAAAAAAUCUUAAUUACUGAUGGCAAUAGAGUCCGCACCCACUCUCCCUCGUUCUCCGGCGAACCAGUCACACCUUCUGAUAUGAAGGUCUGGAGCUCGGACUUGCCUAAGGGGUCCGGUUGAUGCCUGGUGGCCGUGGGUUUGUACAAGGGGAAAUACAAUUUAAAAAAAAACUAGAAGACAAUGCAUCGGCCCCCGCACUACCCGCAAAUUAAAUAAAUUGAUUGAGUCAUCUGUCACCCCACGACAAACAGAAGCCCGAUACAAAACAUCGCUAGCCAAACACGUGAUACAUAAUCUAACAGAUAUCAAUUCAUGUAUUUAUUCAUUAAAAUCAAUUGUAACAUUGACAAAAAACAUCGUAAUGUCCCAAAUUUAAAGUGAAACGCAUCGAACGCGAACAAACAAAACCGCAAACAUUAGAUAUAUAUAUAUAAAUAUUAGUUAAGUUAUCGUUUUUAUGUGUCGGGAAUUUGUUUUAAUUUUAAAAUUCGCUUUUAAGAUAAUGUCGCGUGAGUGUUCAAUUAAAUGUAACACUGUCCGAUGCGUCGUCGGUUUUAGCCUUAGUGUACUUAUUGCGAGCUUUUUAACGUUAUUGAUCGCGUAAAAGUUAACUCAAAUUUGUAUGGAGUUGGAAAGUUUGUGUACGUUUGCCGCUAGGGGCGCUUUUCCAACUCCAUACAUAUUUGAGUUAACUUUUACGCAAUCGAGAACGUUAAAAAACUCGCACUAAGCACACUGAUCGCUAAGAGAAGUUCAAGGAAGCCGGUGGAAAUAGCAUUUUAUAAUAAUGUAAU